AUGAACGAAUCACUCUCUGCCGUUUCUUUGCGCUCUGAAUCUACGAUGAGUCAUGUCUCCAACUCCUCUCUCUCCUCACCACGCAUUGAAUGUAGAAGAAUUAAGACAUUCAAUAGAAGUUAUACUCCCAAGCAGGCAAAGAAGGUUCUUGGAACGAGCCUAUCACCCACUUUUCCCCUCUCACCCAAACCAUCCAAACAAAGGAAUUCAACACCAAGUAUUGAGGCUCAUGAAGGUCGGGAUAAAAAGGAGGACUCACUUCAAGAAAUACCAUCAUCUCCGCAAUCAGCACCGGUCCAAAUAGAAACACCACCCUUAUACAUCAUACCAAGGGACGAUCGUAAGAAAAUUUCAGUGAAUCUUGAAAAAAACUUUAUCCGAUUUUCUACUCCUGGAACAUGCAAUCAUACAAGUGUGAUGGUGAAUAACGGCUGCGAUUUGAGGUCCAACCAAGACAAUGUUUUUUACUUCGAGGUUCAAAUCAUUAGAUGUAUCAAGAAUAUUUCUUUAGCAAUAGGAUUCAGUAGUAAGGAUGGAUACUAUCAUGGGUUUCCUGGUUUUGAUGAAAUAUCAUUUGCCUACCAUGGCGAUUCAGGUUCUAUUGUACACGACUCUAAAUAUAUUGAAAUUCAAAAGCCCUUUUCAGCAUCGGAUACUAUUGGAGCUGGAAUCAUUCUUCCUCAGAGACAUUUAUUCUUUACCCUUAAUGGGUCUUUACUGGGAAAGUUUUAUGAUUUAUCAUCACUGGAAGAAGUUAUUACAAGUAAGGAAGAAGCCAAAUUAACAGAAGCCUCUGACAUUACACACAUUGAACGAACCAAAGUGAAAUAUAUUUACUCGGAGGGAGUUGGAAUCAUUAGAGCAAGUUGGAAAGAAGGACCAACGUCUUCGCUCGAAACCGCCGAUGAUGGACUUCCUAUUGAGGCAACAAGAGAACUAAUUAUCAGGGAAAAGAGAGACCAAGUAAUUGAUCAACAAACUAUUAAUUCAUAUUUAUCUCAAAAUAAUGAGCGGGAGGUAAUUAUGGAACCUGAGCAUGAGGAUCCAUUUGUGCUCUAUCCCGUCAUUGGCUUCAAUGCUCCAUGUACGGUGGAGGUGAACAUUGGUCAGGUACCUUUUACCUUUGAUCUGAUAUCUUUGAACAAAUCUGAGCCAGUUCCAGUACGAGCAGAAGUAAUUGGCACGAGUUUUGGAUUUGACGACAUGGCACUGUCUCCCUCUGGCGGAAGCCACAACACUGUUUUUGACCAAAUUGUUGAAUGCAUUCAAACCCAAAAUAUAGAACUACUUAAACAAAAACUUGAAGAAUGGAAUACUGUAAAUCAAACAUUAGAUAAGGGAAGAAGCCUGCUUCAUGUAGCCUGUGGCUUGCAGCCAGAGUCAGAAACGAUCUUUAAAGAACUUAUCAAAGCUCUCAUUGAAAAAGGGCUUGAUGUCAAUGCAUAUUCUAGUCAUCUCGGAACACCUCUCCAUGUAGCUUGUAAGCAUGGAAAUAUGACGGCUGUUUCUGCUCUAUUAGAGUCGCCAAAUAUUGAUAUUAACAUUACCCACAAGAAAAAAAGAGCGUGUGAUUACGCUUAUCACAUUCCUGAAAUAAGAUAUGUCGCUAAAAUGGAAGAUGAAAUAUCAAAAAGAAUUGCUAUUGUCAAAAAACUGAGAGAAAUGGGAUCAGAAAUGAAUCUCCACACUGCUGUGUUUUGCGGAGAUUUCGACAAAGUGAAAAACUGCAUUGAGGUUGAUAAAGAUUAUGUCGAUUGGCAAGAUGAAUUCUAUAGAACAUCGUUACAUAUUGCCUGUGCAAUGGGAUACUUGGAUAUUGCUGAAUUUUUGCUUCAAAAUGGUGCUUGCUCUAACUUUGGAAAUUUUGUGCCUCCACCAUUACUUAUAGCAGCAGAGUGCCUUAAUCCUGAAAUGGUCACAAUUCUUUGUCAUCACAGAGCUGAAUUUAAUAUUUUUACAGAAGGAGAAGACAGGCACAUUUUGGAGCAUCUAUUAGAGAAAUUUGAUAGGUUUGAGGAGCCAACAAAAGAAGAUUUGUUCUACAGAACAAUAGAGGCUCUCUGUGCCGCUGGCUCAGAUCCUUGCCUCGUGAAAGGUUCUUCUACAGGAUCAUACAAGGAUCACAGAUGUGCUAUGUUAAUUGCUCUUGAUAGGCUUAACCUUAAACUUUUUGCUCUUUUCGCAAAAUAUUCAAAGAAUGUAAUUAGGAUUAGAGGAGAGUACGACGAAAGUCUUUUACAUUUAAUUUGUAAUUGUAUUUACUACAACGAAGAAGAAGAAAGAAUUUUGUAUGAAAUGGCAUUGAUUUUGGUCAAAGAUCUCUGUGUAGACAUUACUGCAAAAGAUGAGCACGGAAAUACAUGUGUACACUUGGCAGCAGGAUCUGGAAUGUCAAAUAUCAUCAAGCUCUUGCUGUUGUACGGAGCUGAAAUUGAUGCUACUAAUUAUGAUGGAUAUCCUCCUUUGUUUUUGGCUAUUAUUAACAAGCAGCUCAGAAGUGCUAAAUAUCUAAUCAAGAGAGGUGCAUUUGCAAGUUAUCAAACAAGUAAGGGACAAACCAUUCUUCAUGUUCUUUUUGAUGUGAAGGGUAAAAAGAAAGCGCUGUACUUGUGCGAACUUAACAAUGAAGAAAUUGGUUAUUUGGCCGAAUUCUGCGUGAACAUACUAGGAGUCAAUGAAAAUCUGAGAGAUCACGCCCAAAAAACCGCUAGAGACUACGCCAUCGAAAACGGCCUUUCAAAGUUUUUCCCCAUCUCAUAUAAAUACAAUUUCAAAUAA